UUAUUUUUUUUAAUAUUUUUAUUUUUUAUUUUGUUUUUAAAUCUUGACAAAUUAUUAUGUGGUCUAAGGCACAAAUACAUAACAAACUCGCUCCCGCUUCACCGGAGAUCAUCGAGAUUUACAGAAACAAAGGCUUUGAGGAUACUUCCUUGGACACGGUACGUGCGGCUCGGUCUGUGACAGUAACGUCAGCUGGCGAACUAACGGUAAAAGACAUUGGCAUCCCAAGGGGCCGUGUCAUAAGAGCUGAGCUUCGGCUGCCUGAUCUGCAGGAACGAUGCGAAGGCUCAAACAACAACCAGUUGUUCAAGUUAUCAAAAAUAUUGGCCGACAAUGAAUACUAUCAGGGAAGACAAGUGGAGGACUCGAACCACAUGGAGGGCAACAUGGCAAGAGGGCAAAAUGUAAAUCCAUGGAAUAGAACCGUACAGGUACAGGUACCUAAAAAGUAUUUCAGGGCUAACGAGCCAGUUGAUAAACCACGUAUGGAAACGGUGUCAGUGAAGCCUUUUAAAUUGUCCUCUGACAUAUCAUCGAUUCUACAGAAAAAAUCCCAGAAGAGCAGAGAAUUUAUGAAUACUGAUAUGAAUACUGAUGAAUCGGAUUCUUCCGGUUUUGAGGUUCUCGAAAAUCGACGCAGAAUCGAACCGGUCAAUCGCCCUAUAGUAGAGAAACGAAAUAAGCAAACACAGGUGAAAAUGGUAGCCAAACAGUCUGUAGCCCGUCCAAAGCGAUUGAAAGACGAAGGACGGUACGCCCGUGCCAUAAAAAUGUGCCAUAAAGUUAUUCAUAUAAUGAACUUUAAGGAUAACUGGCCAGUUUAUAUAGUGAUCAUGUGUCUGUGCACCAUAGCCUAUCUCAUAUAUAAGGUGCAUAUUGAUCUUAUGAAUUAUGGCAGCAGUGAACGAUUGUAUGCGAAAAAGAUGAGCACUUCCAGUAAGUUAAUGAAAAUUCUUAACUUUUUCAUCCGUUGGCUGCACAAACACGAAUGAUCCAAGGCUCUGAUCUAAUUUCAAAUUUAGUUCUUUUCGGUUCAACAGACCAAUAAAAUUUUAGUUAAACUUUACGGCUAUAUUCAU